AUGGCGUCCUCGUCUUCCGCAGCGCAGGACAGGGCCUGCGCGUGCGGAACGGCCGCCGCCCCAGCCGCCCCCGCUGCCCCCUCGGCGGCGGUGGCGGCGGGGGGCAACAAGUGCAAGGCGUGCCGUGCUAAGCCUCGCUUCGGCUUCCUGAAGAGCCAGCGCUCGCUGGACCUGGGGGCGGGCGGCGCGGCGCGCAGCAAGGAGGCGGAGGCGGCGGCCGGGGGCGGCGCGGCGCGCUUCUCCGUGGGGCGGCGCGCCCGCAGCGCCGAGCGCUACGACGGACUGCGGGUCAACGACCCCAACAACACCACCAACUGCAACAACAAACCGACCUUCGACUUCAACAACUUCAACAAGAACCACAACAACAACUGCAACAACAACAACUCCAACAACAAAUACUGGAACAGCAGCAACAGCAACAUGAAAUACAACAACUCAUGCUCCAGCAACACCAACAACAACAACAACACCACCAACAACCUCAACAACAGAUCCCUGCCCUACUGGACCUCCCUCUGGGGCCACCACCACCAGCUCACCAGGCACCACCACCAGCUAAAGAGACACCGCAGCCGCCGCAUGACGUUGUCAUGGCAGACGGCUUCGUGA